AUUUUAUCAAUGAUGACAGUAAACAUCACAAAUACAACUGAGACAACAUUCGAGAUAUGUCAAUUGCCUCAAGUUUACUACGUCAUUGUGGCUGUGAUUGGUUCGUUUGCAUUUCUUCUUAAUGCUACUUUGCUGUUUGUAUUGUGGAAAAAUAAGUCGCCAACGUUUAGACAGGGAACAAGUUAUGUCAUUGGGAAUCUUGCAUUAGCUGACAGUUUGACAGGUACGUGUUUUUACGUAAGUUUGCUCAUUAAAUAACCUGUUCACUGUCCACUAAAAAUGUCACUUGAGAUAUUUUCGUCACGAAAAAAUAGUUGAACACUUUUACUCAUUCCAGGUGUCGCAAUAAUAAUUUUUGCUUCAUGUAACAGCAUGCUCGUAAAAUUUCAACUGUCAAUGAUCUGGACGACAAUUGAAGCAUCACUGAUGAGUUUGGUAUUCCUUUCAAUUGAAAGAGUCAUUGCUGUGUGCUAUCCUCUCACAUGCAAAAUUAUCGUGUCAGUAAAAAGGACUAUUGUUACAUUGUGCGUUAUCUGGAUCUUUGCAUUUUCUUGUGGAGUUUUUAUUACUUUAGAUGUAUUUAAAACUCAGUUCGCACUGACAAUUGUAUUCGAAGUUUUAUUUCUCAUCUAUCUGUCUGGACAAAAUGAUGAACAUGCAACGGGGUUAUGGGUUGGGUACAAGAAACAUUAUGCACAGUUUUAUGUGUGUGUUUUCAUUGAAGUCAGCGCAACAAAUUCCAUCAUUAUACAUUUCUACGUCCUUUGGGCAUUAAGACGUGGAGCAAAACAACGCUUUCAAAUGACCGAGGAUCCGCAACAGUCGCAAGCUUUUUUGAAAGAGAAUGUUGCUCACAAGAAAGUCACAACUGUCGUCACCAUUCUUCUGGUCGUGUUAAUCAUAACAUGUGCUCCAUAUCUUGUAUGCACUCAAAUGCUUAUAGUUAAUUUUACUUUUGACAAAACGCUUCAUCAAAAAGUUAAUGUCCAUAUCUUUAGCAUCAUCUAUGAUUACUCCGUCGCUUUCAUGUACAUCAAUUUCCUGUGCAACUCAAUAAUUUACGCAUGGCGUUUACGUAUGUACAGAAAAGCAUUUUUUAGCUUAGUAGGUCGUAGUAUAAGUUUGUAA